UUUAAUUCAGUUAAUUUCAAUUUCUUUAAUUGUGUUUAAUCAGUUCCCAUUUUGGAAUUAGUUUCAAUUACCUUUUACCUCUGUAACUUAUCGGUGAUUCUUGUUACAUUUUCAAUCUUUGAAACGAAAUUUGUGUUUACCUGUCAAUUGUUUGAUUCCAAUAACAACACAAUCAAUUUAUCUUUAAUUUUCUCUUUGUUCUUCUCUCUCUUUUUUAUAUUUUCUCUUUCUUUUCUUCUCUUUCUACCUUUUUCUUCUUCUCUUUCUAUUUUUGUUCUCUUUCUCUUCUUCUUCUUUCCUGUGUUUCAAAUUCUCUUCUUCUACUCUCUUGGUCUCUCCUUUUCUCUUCAUUUUGUGUUGAUGUUACUUGAGAAAAAAAAGAUCAUCACAUUUUGCCUUCUUCUUUUUCUCUAAAAAGCAAUUAAAUUAAUUCUUUUUAUUUCUCUCUUUCUCUCUCCAACUAAUUAACUUUCUAUAACAUCACCAUCAUCAUCAUCAUCAUCUUAUUGGUAUAAAUCGUCUGGUAUUCUCGAUUUCUCUUAAUCCUUAAUCCAUCAUCGUUUGGUUAACAACCCAAAUCUCCGGGUAGAUUUUUUGUUCUUUUCUACUCUGACUAUGUUUACAUAUUGAAGUGAAUUAUUUUCUAUUCUACAAUUUCAAUUAUUUCUACAAUUUAAUUAUCCUGAUUUCACCUUUGCCGAAAAAGGGUUUACCAUUACAACUACUAUUCAAAUAAUAUCUUAACCUAUUAUUGUUUUGAUUUAUAUUCAAAUUGAUUGGCUAUUGGAUUUAUUGGAUUAUCAUCAUUUUAACUGAAAAAUUUUGAUUAUUACAAGUCAAAUUUGGUUUACCUGUUUGUUAACUGUUCUAUUCUUGAUUGUGAUCAAAAUUUCUCUUCUCUUGGUUUAAAUUUGCUGUUGUGACAAUUAUUCUAUUUUAUUAACAAGAUGUACAGUUUCUUACGACGUAACGAUAACCGUAAGGAAGCGGAUACAUUCAUCUCUGUGAAUGAAGGAUUAAAGAGAUUAUAUAAGACCAAGAUUCUUCCUCUUGAAGAGCAUUAUUUGUUUAAAGAUUUUCACUCACCACCAUUGGAAGAUGCUGAUUUUGAUGCUAAACCAAUGGUACUUUUGGUUGGACAAUAUUCAACCGGUAAAACAACUUUUAUCAAAUAUCUUUUGGAACAAUCAUUUCCUGGUAUUCGUAUUGGACCUGAGCCAACAACAGAUAAAUUUAUAAUUGUUAUGCAUGGUGAACAAGAGACAGUUACUCCUGGUAAUGCUCUAGUCGUUGAUCCUAAAAAACAUUUCCGUCCAUUAUCAAAGUUUGGUGGAGCUUUUCUCAAUCGAUUACAAUGUUCAACGGUUAACUCACCUGUUCUAGAAUCUAUAACCAUUAUUGAUACUCCAGGUAUUUUAUCAGGUGAAAAGCAACGUGUUGAUCGUGGUUACGAUUUUACCGGAGUCCUUGAAUGGUUUGCUGAACGUGUUGAUCGGAUUAUCCUUUUAUUUGAUGCCCAUAAGUUGGACAUUUCCGAUGAAUUUAGACGUAGCAUUGAAGCACUACGAGGACAUGAUGAUAAAAUAAGAAUUGUUCUCAAUAAAGCAGAUAUGGUUGACCAUCAACAGUUAAUGAGGAUUUAUGGUGCUCUCAUGUGGUCAUUGGGUAAAGUUUUCAAUACACCUGAGGUGUCCCGUGUUUAUAUUGGAUCAUUUUGGGAUAAACGAUUACAAUAUGAUGAUAAUCGUAAACUAUUUGAAGCUGAAGAGCAAGAUCUUUUCGCAGAUCUACAAAGUCUCCCUCGUAAUGCUGCUCUUCGUAAGCUUAAUGAUCUCAUAAAGCGAGCUCGAUUAGCCAAGGUCCACGCCUACAUAAUCAGUGCCUUGAAACGAGAGAUGCCUACAUUAAUGGGAAAGAAUAAUAAAAAGAAGGAAUUAAUCAAGCAUUUGUCUAAUAUUUAUGCCUCCAUAUCCAAGGAACACUCAAUCGCCGAGGGAGAUUUUCCACCUCUCAGUGAGAUGCAGGAGAAACUUCUUGACCAUGAUUUCACCAAAUUCAAUGCAUUAAAUAAGCGAUAUAUUGAUGCAGUUGACAAGAUGCUUAAAGAAGAUAUUGCUCGUCUUAUGUCUCAAAUACCACAGGAACAAGCUAAUCAAGCUGUAGACGAAUCAGCUGUUAAAGGAGGUGCCUUUGAACAUGCCCAAGAAUCACCGUUUGGUUUUGGCCGAGGCGAGGGUAUUGAUGAAGGUGCUUUCGACUCUAAAUGGGUCGUUUCUAAAGAGAAGCCCAAAUAUGAUGAAAUAUUUUCCGCUCUUCACCCGCAAGAUGGUAAAGUUUCCGGUGCCGUUGCCAGGGAGGAACUCAUUAAAUCAAAACUUCCCAAUUCUGUGUUAUCAAAAGUUUGGCGUUUAGCUGAUGUUGAUCAUGAUGGUUCUCUUGAUUCUGAUGAAUUCGCCUUAGCUAUGCAUCUUAUUAAUGUUAAACUAGAUGGUCAUGAUUUACCCGCUGAAUUACCGGCUCACUUAAUACCACCUUCUAAAAGAAAGGAUCAAACAUCUAGUACAAAUGGAUGGUCUCAGUCGGAUGGAGAUGCUCCUCCUGAGUACUAAUUGAAAUUGUUUCAACAACAAUUAACCGAUUAAUUGUGAAGAAAAUCAUUCUUCCUCCUUCUCAUUUUCUCACUUUUCUCAAUUAUCCUUAUAUAUCUCUCUCUCUCUCAACAUGAUCAAAAUUAAUAGUGAUUAAUAUCCGAAAGAACUUAAUGUUAAUUGUAACAAUCAACAUCCUUUUAAAUUGUAACAAUUUCCAUCUUCUAAUAUUAUUGCUAUCAAAAGUUUGGUCUAUUGACAAAUUUUGAGGCGAAAUGUUAAUCAAUAUUAAUCUCACAAAAUUAAUAUUGAUGAUAAUUUAAGAUUGAGAUCAUAAUUUGUCAUCUUUUUUAAUCAGAUUCCCAAUGUCUUUUUUUAAAUUAUCCCAAUUAGUUGAUUUUGUUAUUUCCAAACCGUACUUAUAUAUACUUUAUUUAAUUACCCAUGUAAUUUCAUUAAUUUACCCACAUUAAUCAAUACCCAACAUUAAAACAGGAGAGAGGGUCGAUCAUUGGGAAUGAUUAACAAGCAACAAUUAGAAUUGAUUGUUGUCAACCAUUACCACCCACCAUUGGAAACAAUCAGAGGGAGAGAAAAGCCAACACAAUUGGAUUAACAAGUUAACUAAAUCAAACCAAUUAUUUCAAAAACACUCGUUACAAUAUAUACAACAACUAUUAUUAAUUUAACGUCAACAAUUAAAUUUUAAUUGUUGAUGUUGAUUUUUUUUCCUGCUGAAAACAAAGAGGCAAACCAAAACAAUCAACAAAACUCAUUGAUCAUCUCAUCAAUACACAAUCAACAAAUUAUUUAUCAUCUUUGCAAAUCCCCGUUAACUUAAUUAUUAAUGAUGAAAACUUAUAAAAAGCAACAAUGUUAAAUUUAAAUUUUUAAUAAUUACUAAUUAAAAAUGAAAACUUCUAAUUUAA